UAAGCCUCCUUUUUUCCAUUCCCAUCGCCCAAAUUCCAGCCCCAUCAAUCAUAUCACAAAUCCAGAAAGCUCUCCCUUUUCCUUCACAAACUCCCCAAAGUCUCUGCCUUUCUCUCUCUCUCCGUCUCUCCCGUCGUAAUCCACCGCUCCGGUCGGCUGGCUUUCAGAUGACGAUCCUUCGCAAAAUAGCAUCUGGGUAAGAUUCUGAAACGCCAAUAUCCCACAGGUUUGUGAAAAAUCCAAGAGAGAGAACCGAGGAGAGAGAGAGUGAGUUUAUGAUAGAGAAGACGACAAUGGAGGUUGAGAGGAUGAGGCAGCUGUUACUUCUAUGGUGUAAAAACUCCUUCGUGGCCCUCGUGGGUGCUAAUCACACCGCCGCCAGGUUCUGCGCCCGCUAAAUCCCAUCAUGUUCUUCGCUGUUGUAUUUUUACCUUCGAUUCCUUUGUGACAAACGUUGCAAAUUCGCAAUCUGUCAAACAUUUUCGCGCCUGGGUACUCCCCAAAUCGGCUUUUGGAGCUGUUCUUCGAUCCGAUCGCUUUCGCUGAGCUUUUCGAGGAUUUUCGGUGCCAAAAGUGUUGAAAAUUAACCGAGUAAAUGGAAUUGGCUGGCGGGUUUGCAGCCAAGGAUCAUAACAAGGUGAAGCACCUUCAUGGUGGACGGAUGGAAUUGGAAUCCCAGACUUACUUUGUCAUCAAUCUUCCAGAUUCCAAGGUAUUGCGGAUUAUUUCGCGCUCCGUUUUUCUGGGUUUGGUUAUUCUCACACUGCCCUGCAUUGGGACACUUCUGAGGGGAUUAAAUGUUUCCCAUUUGGAUUCGAAUAUCGAACCCAAAAAUUUCAAUUUCGAGCAGUUGGGUCUGCUUUUUCGUGAUUUGGCCGGCGAAGGCCUCCGCAGAAAGGGUGAUGCAUCUCUCAUUGUGACUCCUGGCAAUGCCGGUGCGAUUCAAAAGCUUCACCCUUUUGAUUUCAAUGGAUUUGAUUUCGUUGUAGGUUCAGAUUUGGUGCGAAAGAGCUCGUUCUUGGACGAGUCUAUGGAUUUCAUUUUCGCAUUCAACUUGGCCGAUGCUAAAUUUGCGGAUCGCAUUCUGAAGAUUGGCGGCAUAGUUGCCGUUCCAAUAAGCAACGAUCCUUCAAAAGCUUUUAGGCCAAAACCAAAUUACAGGAUCGUGUAUCUUCGCCGAUACGCUUCCACUUUCGUGGCAAUGAGGAAGAUCAGUCCGGCUUAUGACUUGCCCGUGACGUCCCGGAAGCUUUUCCAAUUAGAAACUGAGGAAAAGAAGACGGUGUUAGAAGGUCUAGAAGACGUGCUGCUGGAACCGCCGAGGCACAUUUUGGCCAAGUCAAAUGAGUACUUAAACAAGAUCAAGUUCCUCCCCGACUUGUUGGGUGAUUCCCUCGACAUUUACAACCGCCGAGUGUUUGUCAAUGUAGACCUAAACGAGGAAAACCACGGCAUGGUAGAAUGGUUCGAUCAAAACUAUCCCAAAAAGAACCAAGGAUUCGAGGUCUACAACCUCGAAGUAGAGCCUGAAGAGGGUACAACCGCCCCUAAAAACGACGUUUCAGAUUGGUUGAAAGACAAUGUGAGGGAAGAGGACUAUGUCGUGAUGAAAGCGGAAGCAGAAGUGGUGGUGGAGAUGAUGAGGAAGAGGACAAUCCGUCUGGUGGAUGAGUUGUUCUUGGAGUGCAACAAUGGAUGGUGGGAGAGUGGGAGGAGUGGUGGGAGCAAGAGAGCUUAUUGGGAAUGCAUUGCUUUGUAUGGGAGGCUGAGGGAUCAGGGAGUUGCUGUGCACCAGUGGUUCUUGUGAUAAACUUGAAGAAAAUUGGAUGGUUUUUGUGUCAAGAAUUUUGCUGCAUCAAAGUUCAGAGACUUUUGAAUUGUUUAAGAGAGAUUGUGAGAUUUUGGGGUUUGGUUAUUUGAGUUAUUGUUUAGCUUAAAUGGUUUGUUUUAUGAAGCCUAUGAAAUUGGCUUUUGCACUC